AGAACAUGCGCCUCCUUUCUCUCCACUCUCCCAAUUCUUUCUCGGCCACACACAGAGCCAAUUUCAACACCCAUCAAAGAGCUUCUAAGCUCUUCACACUGGUCAACGAGACCCAAACGACAAUAACAUGGAGUCAUCGAGACUCCACUGAAAUUCGCACGACUCAGGUUUCACGUGGGCAGCUCGGUUGGGGGUGCUGAAAGGGCGUACACGAGUUGCUGCUAGGUUGAAGUGAUCCACGUGGGAGGCAUGGGUGACUGUGGUGGAGUUGCUGCCACCGGGUCGGAUCUUGUAACAGAUCUGGAUCCGAGUCAUAUAACCUGUAAAAAAACUGUUAUAUUAAUAAUAAUAAUAAUAAUAUAUAAUAAUAUUAAAAGACGAGACGAAAAAUGAGUGUCGACAGAUUUAUGGCAUGGUGACUCUCUGUUGCAGUCCAAAUUUCCUAGAAUCUUUUCCCUCGCUUGCAAUAAAUUGGGAACUAUAGCGGAUUUUGGAGUCAAGGAAGGUAUGGGCAAGUCAUGAAACAUCUUGCUCAGGAGACAACUAUUUGAUUGGGAAUUAGAGCAAUGGAACAACUUAAUUCAAGCACUACAAGAAUUUCGAUCAAGCAAUAUUAAUAGGGACUCGGUAUGCUGGUCUGACGGAGGGUUCUCGAUAAGUUCUUUUAUUAAAUUGCUCUCUUGCCCUUCCUCAGAUGUUGAUUGGUCGAGGAUGGUGUGGCAAGGGGUUGCACCUCUGAAAGCGGAACUCUUCAGUUGGUUGAGUUCCCGUAUUCGUAUUCUGGUAAGAGUUGAACCCUUGAAGAGGGGUGAUCUUCAUUCUCGGAUUGCUCAUGCCCUUUGUGUGGGGGUGGUUUGAAAUCUGUCUCUCACCUUUUGUUUCAGUUUGAUAAUGUGUAGAAUAUUUGGAUGAAGUUUGUUGCAUUCUGGGGGUGUAUUUGGUUUUCCCAAAGAUGCCAGGCAUCUUCCUCCAAGCGUGGCAUGAGUUACAUUUCAUAUCUUCUUCAAACUCUAUAUGGCACAUUAUUCCUUUUAGUGUUUUAUGGACUGUUUGGCUUAGGAGAAAUGAGGUAGUCUUUGGCAACAAAGUGGUAGAUGUUAUUCAAAUCUUCUUUCUAGCCAGAACUAGACUUGCUUGCUGGUUCAAAGAGGUUUACCCUGCAAGUGAUAUUUCUCGUGAGGAGCUUAUUGCUAACCCUUAUUUGGCAGAAAAAUUAAAGUUAUUUAGAAAUUAUUCAAAGGCUAAGACAGCUUGGGAGCCAUCACCAGUUGGGUAUCUUAAAUUAAACGUCGACAGUUCCAUCUCUAGAGGUAGCUCGUUAGGUGGUGUCAGUGGAAUUCUCAUGGAUAAUGGUGGCUCUUGCCUGGGAUCGUUAUCGGAAAGAAUAGGAAAUGGUCCUCCUACCCUUUCUGAAUUGCUGGCUUUGAAGACUGGGCUGAAAUGGUAUUUUGAAGAUGCUAAUAGCUUCGAGUCGAGGUUGAUUAUUGAAAGUGAUAGUGAAGCUGCAGUCGAUUGGGUUCUCCAUCCAGAGAAAAGUCCCUUGUUAUAUGCUUCCCUAGUUAAGGAUAUUGAAAAGACCAUCAACGAUAAUCAUGUUAUGAUUAGGCGCAGUCCUAGAGGUUUCAAUGUUGAAGUAGACUCUUUAGUAAAAAGAGGGAUUGGUUGAGUGCUUUAAAGUUGGUUAUGCUUAUUGUUGUAUAC